AACCUUUUUGUCAGUCCUGUUUCCUGCUUUAUGGCGGGGGAUAUAAACAGCUGAUUUUUCCCAUAAAAAAUAAAAAGUCCACUGAGAAAUAAAGAAAUAAGUGCCGGGAUUUUUUGAAAGAUUUAAAUAUGGCUGAGGACACAUUUGCAACAGGCACUGUUGCUACAACUACUUUUGCAUCUCAGCAAGUUCAGGAUGAUGAAGACAGUGAUGUGCUGGACCAUUUCGAGCCUCGUCAAGCCACUCUUUUCCUAGUCGACACAACGCCGCGAAUGUUUGAGGAAGAUCUACAAACCGGAGAGAUUCCUUUCAUGCAAAGUCUUCAGACUUACAUGAAGAAUAUGCAAAUGCUGUGUGGAUACAAUCGGGACGAUUGGUUAAGUUUAAUGCUUUUUGGAACAACCGAGUGGGACAAAAAUCCAGAAACGAAGAAUGUUCUCACUCUUCAGAAAUUUCAAAAAGUAUCCCUCGACAUGCUCAAGGAGAUAAAGGAUAAAAUUGAAAAUCACGAGGACGAUUUUAGAGAAUUGAGUUGCGACUCGACUUACCCUCUGCACGAUGCUCUUUGGCACGCUUCUCAGGCUUUUUCAAGAGUAAAAACCGUGAUUAUCGCAAGAAAAGUCGUGCUUUUAACUUGUGAGGAUAAUCCUUUCGCUGGGGACGAAGACGAACGACACAGAAUCCGAGCCAGGGUUUUGACAUUUAAAAAUCUCGGAUUGGAUCUCCGAGUCAUAGGAUUGAGUGAUGAUUUCAAUCAGGAGAUUUUUUACAAGGAUCUUGAAAUAAUUGCAAGCGACGUUGAUCCUCUGAGCUACAAAAAAUUGAAGCUCGAUGACCUGGAGGAGGAAAUUCAGUUUCCGUCGAGAACAAUUUCCUCAAUUUUGUGGAAAAUCGGAAAAGAUGUCGAAAUUCCAGUGUCGAUCUACACCGUUUCGACGUCAACAAAGUAUCCGGAAACGUGUCAUAUUAACAAAACGACGAAUGAGCCGCUGAAGUCUUUUAUGGUUUACAGAAAAAAAUCUGAGGAUGAUGAUUUUUAUGAAGACGAAUUUGAACCCGAACGAGGAGAAUUUAAUUCGAAAGUCGUUUCGGCUGGGGGAAUAGCAAAAUACCUUUGCUUUGGAGACAGGAAAAUUGUUUUCGACGUGAAAGAAAUCAGUAUGAUGUUUAAUAAUUUCACAAAAGGAGUCGAAACAGUUUGCUUUAAGCCACUUGUAUGCGAUCCGAUGUAUCACGUCGAGCCUCCAAAGUUUAUAACUUUCAAAGACACCGCAAGCCAAAAGCAAAAAGAGUUUUUUUCCGGCUUGGUUGUCAAGUGCGAAGAAUUGAACUUGAUGGCAGUUUGCAGAAUCUCUUACAGAAUUCAUACUGCCCCGAAAAUGUUUUACUUUUUUCCAAGUGUGCAGAAAGGAGGAUUUUUCAUUUACAAAAUGCCUUAUGAAGAUCAUGUGAGGAAUCUGGACAAUGUUUUACCUAAAUCAAGAUUUUUGAAUGAUAGACCAACUCAAGCUGAUGAUGAGGCAGUCGGCGUUUUUAAAAAAAUCCUCAAAAAAACGAAAAUUAAAUUCGAUGCGAGUUUGUUUAAGAAUCCGAAAUUGGGAACGCAAAUUGCGAAUAUUGAAGCUUUGGCUUUGGACCUAGAACAAAGGAUUUUGCCUCCUGACUCGACACUUCCGUCUGAGAAAAUUAAAGAACGAGUUGCGCCUAUAAUGGAUGAGUACCGCAGGAUUUUUAAUAUAAGGGAAGAAGAUGAAGAAGGUCCUGCGCCUGUAAAAAAAGUAAAACUUGUCGACGAUCAAGAAAUGCAGCUUCUCGUUAAAACGAAUAAACUCGAUUCUCUUACUGUUGCUCAACUGAGGGAAUUUUUAAAGCAGCAUAAAGUCGCGGUUUCAGGUAAUAAAAAAGCACAGGUGAUCGAUGCAGUCUACCAAUAUUUUCGUCGAUAAACUUCGAAGAUUUAUUUCUAUUUUUGAUACUAAGUUUGUGCUUGAACAAGUUUUGUUUUUUCGUUUAAGAAACUUUAAAUCUUGAAAUAAAUGGUGAGUUUGUAUUU